AUGGCUGAAGAGAGACGUGAUGGAGACAAUGCAGGAGAGCCAGUCCAGCGAAUUGCUCUUGAUCAGUUGCAAUUCCAAGCUAUGAUUGCUGAAGUUACACGCCAACUACAAGGGCAUGCUGAACAAAUAUAUGCUCAUGUUAUUCCUCCUAACAAUGAACUUGCAGGUGCAGCUGGAGUAGCUGGAGCAGGAGGGAUCCGUGAAGUAGCUGCAAGACAGCCCAUACGUGCUAGGAGAGCAGCCCCUGCUGUGGUAGCUGAUGAGCAAGAAGAGUGGGCUGAAGAUGCAGAUGAUGAACGCCCUCUCAGAGCCAAUAACAGGCGCCCUCAUGGAGAAGAUCACUUUGGAAAUCUUAAGCUUAAGAUUCCAUCUUUCCAAGGAAAAGCUGAUCCUGAUGUCUAUCUGGAAUGGGAGCAAAAGAUUGAAUCUGUUUUCAAAUGUCAAAGGCUCACUGAGGAGAGGAAAGUAAGACUUGCUGCUACUGAAUUUGAAGGCUAUGCUAUCAACUGGUGGCAGAAUGUUUCAAAUAUCAGGAGAAGAGAUGGUGAUGAACAAGUAACUUCUUGGCAUGAGAUGAAAGAGGUUAUGAGAGCUAGAUUUGUACCUGCUCAUUAUGGCAGAGAUCUCCACAAGAAGCUCAGGAAACUUACUCAAGGCUCUAAGAGUGUGGAGGAGUAUCACCAGGAGAUGGAAACACUCAUGAUCAAAGCCAAAAUUGAUGAGGAUGUGGAAGCUACUAUGGCUCGGUUUUUAGAUGGAGUAAACAGGGACAUCCAAGACAGGCUGGAGAUGCAAGACUAUGCUACUCUUGAAGAGAUGGUACACAAGGCUAUUCUUAUUGAACAACAGAACAAGAGGAGAAGUAACACUCGCUAUCCUACUAGUUCUGCAUCCAAAUCAUCUUAUGCUAAGGAUGAUAAAGCCUACAGCCGACCAAAGGAGAGUGGUGGGUCAACCAGUACCACAACCAGCCGAGAUGACAAGGGCAAGGAAACCACUCCACCAUCCAGAACCAGGAACAUCAAGUGCUACAGAUGUCAAGGAUAUGGCCAUUAUGCUAGUGAAUGCACCAGUAAGAAGAUCAUGAUAGUUCUAGAUAAUGGAGAGGUUAUUUCUGAGGAUGAGAAGCCUGAGGGAGAAUCUGAUGAAGAGGAUGUAGAAUACCCUGUUAAGGGAGAGAUGCUGGUUACCAGGAGAGCUUUGAAUGUUCAAGCCAAAUCCAAAGAAACUGAGCAGAGGGAGAACUUGUUUCAUACAAGGUGUCUAAUCAAGGAUAAAGUUUGCAGCUUGAUCAUUGAUGGAGGAAGUUGUACCAAUGCUGCUAGCGAGACACUGGUGGAGAAGCUUGGUCUCUCAGUUCAAAAACACCCACGCCCAUAUAUGCUGCAAUGGCUGAAUGAUACAGGCGAGUUGAAGGUGAACAAGCAAGUGAAAGUGCCCCUCUCUGUUGGGAGGUAUCAAGAUGAGAUCCUUUGUGAUGUGUUACCUAUGGAUUCCAGCCACAUCUUGUUGGGAAGACCUUGGCAGUAUGACAAGAGAGCACUUCAUGAUGGCUUCACUAAUAGGCAUUCUUUUCUACAAGGAGGAAAGCAAAUCACACUGGUACCUUUAACACCACAAGAGGUCCAGGAAGAUCAGAUCACCCUCAAGCGUAGGAAAGAAGAAGCAAAGGCCUUACUGGUAAGGGAGGCUGAGCAGCCACCCUGCUUUGGUUUUAUUGCUUUGUAA